AUGCUCAAGAAUACACUCUCACUGCAUCCAUCAGUUUCCACCACCACAGAAUUAAUCUAUUGCACUUCUCCCCCAACUCCAACUAGACCAUUUUCACUUUCGUCCACACUUUCGUCUCCUUUAUCCAACCACCAAAUUCCUUCCUCCAACACGACCAUGAACAAUAUUCAUACCAAUAAUAACAAUAAUCCAUAUCUUCACUUUCACAACAACACCAUCAACAAUACUUCCAUUCCAUCUUCAAACUCUUCCAGCACCAGCUCAACUUCCACAACCUCUUCAACUACCAUAUUUAGCAGCAAUCGAUUUAGUUUCAAUCUCACAAAUCUCUUCACCACCUUCUUCACCUUGUUUCUCUUCAGUUGUUACUUUUUUUCAGUGACUUAUCAUUGGUUAAAUUUAUAUCCAAAUUCAGUUGGUUUUCCUUUGGGUUUAAAAUUUUUAUUUUUGAAUCAGGAACCUGAGAAUGUUUUUUCAUUGAUUGAUCAGAUGCAACAGUUUGGAAGGGAUCAUCAGAAAAGUUUGGAUUUUAUUCAUGUUUUUGUGACAAUUCCACUUUUUACAUGUUUUGUGUUGGGAUUGUGGUUUGAUUCGUUUUUGAGUUCAAAUUCGAAUCAUUAUUCGAAUCAUCAUAAUUCAUACCUGAUGAAAAUUGGUGUUUGUUUCAUGAUUGGAUUGCAAUUGUUACUGUCUUGGAUGGAAAAGAUAAUGAUUAUGGUCUUGUUGGAGAAACAUCCAUUCGAUGUUCGAAUCAUUGGAAAGAAUCCACUGAUGAGAGCUGUGAAAGAUGUUGAAAUUUUAAAUUUAACAUCAAAAGCUUCAUUCAUAUUGGGUUUCUUGUUGGUUUUGGGUGGAUUCUUGUCUAUUCAUUAUAAGAAUAAUCAACAGCAACAAUAUUCAGAUUCGUCUAGUUUAUUUAAUCAUUCAUUAGCAUACGAAAUCGGUGCAGGAACCAUCGGAGCAACAGUUGCAGGAGCCACGACCUAUGUAGGUGUGCCACUCGUUGUUUCAUCAUUGGGUUUUGGAUCGGGUGGAGUGGUGGCUGGAACGACAGCAGCUGGCAUGAUGAGUGCUGCAGGAAAUGUGGCUGCUGGUAGUUUGGUGGCUGGAUUGCAGUCAGUUGGUGCUACAGGAGCUGUGGCUCUUGGAACGACUGUUUUGCCAGUUACAUUGGUGGUUGGUGCUGGAGUGGCAGUUGGAUAUCAUUAUUGGAAUAAGAAGGGUGACAACACAUCAUCAUCAACAACAAUUGAUGAAAAUAAGACAAAUGAAGAGAAUGAUAAGUUUGGUGGAUCAACCAAUGAAGAGAAUGAUAAUAGUAAUAAUGGAAAUUCGAGCAAACCAUGGUGGAAAGUAUGGUAA